UCAUGAAAGCUAUUUGUUGCACGUUAACGUAACUUGGUUGGGUUCUUUUGGAGGCAAAACAUUAUAAAGCUUACCAUAGCGCUUUCAAUUGUGACAUAGUUUUCAUCUCAGUUUAUACGAUAAGUAUUAGUAAUUUAGUUAUAGUUAAAAUGUCUGAAGUUGAAGAAUACAAUCAACAAAAACCCGUAAAGACAAGCAAGCAGCAUAACGUAUUACCAAUAUGGGGUAAUGAACAAACUAUGAAUCUGAACCCUUUAAUAUUAGCGAAUAUUCAAGGUUCUAGCUACUUCAAAGUGCAUCUGUUCAAGUUGAAGACAUAUCAUGAAGUUGUUGAUGAGAUCUACUAUCAAGUGAAGCACUUGGAGCCGUGGGAGCGCGGAAGUCGCAAGACGGCGGGUCAAACUGGCAUGUGUGGCGGCGUCAGAGGUGUUGGUGCAGGUGGCAUUGUGUCCACUGCAUUUUGCUUACUGUACAAGUUAUACACCCUGAGGCUGACACGAAAACAAGUUAACGGCUUACUGCAACACACCGAUUCACCAUACAUCAGAGCACUUGGAUUUAUGUAUAUUCGGUAUACCCAGCCCCCAGCAGACCUCUUUGACUGGUAUGCAGACUACUUAGAUGAUGAGGAAGAAGUGGAUCCCCGUGCCGGCGGUGGAGGUUCCACAACUAUGGGUGCCAUUGUACGACAAAUGCUUAUCAAACUAGACUGGUUUAGCACACUGUUUCCGAGAAUACCUGUGCCAAUUCAGAAGCAAAUUGAGCAGAAAUUAGCAGAGCACAACCGACAGAGCAACGCUACAAAUACAAAGCCUGCUGCCAACUAUCGCGGCGGCAACAGCAACAACAAUGCCAAUACAAAUUACAACACGGGGCGAAUGGAUUCAGAUCGCCGUGAACAUGAUGAUCGCGAUCGACGUGAUUAUGGAGAAGGUGACAGACAUGCCAAAGACAGACCGCCAAGGCGCGAUGAGAGGGACAGAGAACGCGACAGGGACCGCGACCGUGAACGUGACAGAGACAGGCGCGAUCGUGAACGUGACCAUAAUCGUGAUCGUCAUCGUGAACGAUCGCGUUCUAGAGAUCGUCACCAAGACAAAGCUCGUGACCGACAUCGUCAGAGAUCACGCUCCAGAGAUCGACGUUAUAGAUAAUAUUAUAAGGUCCUAAACGCCUAUAUAAUUGUUUACGAUUUGUGUAUUUGACAAUUAAUUAAAUUUAGUAAUAAUGUUAA